AUGACGUUUCGUGAUCCUUCUUCAUCUACUGAUGCCCGUUUGUAUCGCACCGAACACUACAAAUUUGACUGGACGGUUGAUUUCACCGAAUCGGUAAUCAGAGGCUCUGCAUCGCUGACCGUGACCAAGUUGCACCUGAAAGCUGGUGCGCCGCUAAUUCUUGACGUCAAUGGUCUCGAUAUCCAAACUGUCAAGGUUGGCAACACACUGGUUCACUGGAAGAUCCUGCCAAACCCAACUGCAGCUUUGGGCUCGAGUCUGGAAAUCGAAAUCCCCGUGAGCGACAAUAAGUUUGAAGUCGAAGUGGUUUACAAAACAUCUCCCAACUCCUCAGCGUUGCAAUGGCUGGAGCCAGCGCAGACAAGGGAUGGUCGCCUGCCCUUCAUGUAUAGUCAAUGUCAAGCAAUACACGCCCGGAGUAUGUUCCCGUGUCAAGACACUCCAUCUGUGAAAGCGACAUUUGACGCUGUGGUAAGCUUGCUCGAUGUGCAUUUAUAA